UUCUCUCCAUUUGUAGAUGAAUGUCAAAAAUUAUUAAAUUUCACAAAAUAACAUUUUAAAAUGUAUCUAAAAAAUUGGAUAAAUUUCAUAUAUGUUUAGAAGUGUUGUUUGUACAUAGUAACACACUGAUAAGUAAUUAUGUAAACUAAAAUGUUUUGAUAAACCUGAUUAGGUUCAUCAGUCGAAAGGAUACCCUUGAAUUCCAGAUAAGAUAAUUACUAUUGCUAAAAUCUUAUAACUAUCAUAAUUAAAAUGGCUACCAAUAACAUUGUUGUUGUGGGGUCUUGUAUGAUAGAUUUUGUUAGUUAUACAUCUCGAUUACCAAAAGUGGGAGAAACAUUACAUGGGACAAGAUUUGUAACGAAUUUUGGGGGUAAGGGUGCUAAUCAAUGUGUUGCUGCAGCAAAAUUGGGUGCCAAAACCACUCUUGUUGCACGAGUAGGCGAUGAUUUGUGGGGAGCCAAAUACAUCGAAAACCUGAAAAACUCCAAUGUAAACACCGCACACGUACAAAAAACUGAAGGUGAAACUAGCGGAAUUGCACAAAUCAUUGUUUCAGAGGCUGGUGAAAACCAAAUAGUGAUUGUAGCGGGAGCUAAUAAAAAACUGAGCGUGUCGGAUGUCGAGAAGGCUCAGAACGAAAUCAGCACUGCAGCUGUUGUUAUACUUCAGUUAGAAACGUCCGUUGAUGUGGCUAUAAGGGCCAUUCAAUUAACUAGAGGCGUAUCUAUUUUAAAUGGUGCUCCAGCUUUAUCCACCUAUGAUGAUCAGUUAUUAAAACUGCCAACAAUUUUUUGCGUUAACGAAACUGAAGCCAGUAUAUUUACUGGCCUGCCUGUGAAUGAUAUCAGUGAAGCAGAAACUGCGGCGAACGAGUUACUUAAAAAAGGCUGUAAUUCAGUACUGGUAACGUUGGGUCCUCAGGGGGCGAUUUACAAGAAGAAUAUAGGCGACUGCGUUCAUGUUCCUAGUCCGCAAGUCAAAUGUGUGGACACAACCGGUGCAGGGGACGCGUUCAUAGGUGCCCUUGCAUACGUCUUGGCUACUAAGAAAGGUGCCACUGUUGAAGAUGCUAUGAAAGUUGCCUGCAAAGCAGCUAGCGAUAGUGUCACCAAGCCGGGGACACAAAUUAGCUUCCCCACUUCCGAUAUUUUGAAAUGAUUCUGAUUAUAAUGUACUUAUAAUUUAUUAAUAAAAACAUUUUUGUUA